UUUUGUUGUGUGUUUGUGCUGUCUUGUCUGUGUGUGUUUUCACGUGGAUAAUAGAACUAUGAAUUCCCAAAUGCAGAGUAAAGAACCGGAUCCUGACAGCAUCAAGAUGUUUGUUGGUCAGAUUCCUCGCUCCAUGGAUGAAAAUGACCUGGGGAAGCUCUUUGAAGAAUACGGUCCAGUGUUCCAACUCAACAUUCUCAGAGAUAAAGUCACUGGCCAGAGCAAAGGUUGCUGUUUUGUAACAUUCUACACAAGAAAAGCUGCUCUUGAAGCUCAAAAUGCCUUGCACAAUAUCAAAACAAUGCAUGGGAUGCAUCAUCCCAUCCAAAUGAAACCUGCAGACAGUGAGAAGAGAAACGGUGAGUUAGUAGAAGAGAGAAAGCUAUUUGUUGGAAUGUUGUCAAAGAAAUUGAAUGAGAAUGAAAUAAGAAUGAUGUUUGCCCCAUUUGGUGUCAUAGAAGACUGCACUGUUUUGAGAGACUCAAAUGGCCAAAGUAGAGGUUGUGCUUUUGUAACGUAUGCUAACCGCCAGAGUGCCCAGAAUGCCAUUAAGACAAUGCAUCAUUCACAAACAAUGGAAAGUUGUUCGUCUCCUGUGGUUGUGAAGUUUGCAGACACUCAAAAAGAGAAAGAAGCAAAAAAACUACAACAAAUGACGACAAACCUCUGGAACAUGUCUUUAGGUGGUCUCGGUGCACUCGGACCACAGUAUUUAGCAUUACUACAGCAGGCAGUAGCCAGUAACAUGUUCACCAACAUGGGAAGCAUGGACCACUGUAAUUCUGGCCUCAACAACCUGGGUGUCCAACAGUUAAUGGCAGCAGCAGCAGCGGCAGCAGCCGCAGGAAACAAUCCAGGCCUACUGGCUGCCCUGGCAGGGCUGAACGGCACUGCCAAUAACAACAACUCCCUGCCCACUGGCAACUCUAACCUCAACACAAACAACAACCAGUCAGCAGAAGCGCAGAAUAAUGUGCAUUUGCACAACUUACAUGGCAUUGCUGCCCUAGCUAACCUCGCUAACAACCCAGCAGCAUUGAAUAGCCUUGGAAUCCAAAAUGUGGCAGCUCUCAACCAAAUAGCCGCUGCAUCAAGUACUCCCAGCAUUUCGGAUAUUGUUCGAAGAGGAGACUUGUCAAGAGGUACAAUGACGGGAACUACGAGUUCGAACAGUUUUGGUGGACUUUCUGGCCUUCAGAACUUGGGGAAUAACAAUGUGUCUAGCAUGUCGGGACUGUCUCCGGGAGUUGUCGCGUCUAGUAUGAACGGCAUCGGGUCGAGUAACCCAUCCAGCAUGGACACCCUCAGCCAGGCGUACUCUGGCAUCCAACAGUAUGCAGGCUUCUCAGCAUCUUUUCCAAACGCUUUCAACACCCAGGCAGCCGCCGCCCAAUUACAGCAGGCCGCGGCGAGUUCCCCCGCCGGUAAACAGACGGAGGGCACAGAAUGGGGCCUUUACAGCAGUUUGGAACAAGAUUCUGCAAAUAGCUUUCAAGGAAAGACUUUGUAUCAGCUUAGUGGACUAUACUCCAAAAGUUACGGGCCCGAUGGUGCGAACCUGUUCAUCUAUCAUCUGCCACAGGAGUUCAGCGACCAUGACCUCAUGCAGAUGUUUGUCCCUUUUGGCACCGUGGUCUCAGCCAAGGUCUUCAUUGAUAAACAAACUAACCUCAGCAAAUGUUUUGGCUUUGUGAGUUACGACAACACUAUGUCAGCGCAAGCAGCAAUACAGGCAAUGAAUGGUUUUCAGAUAGGAAUGAAACGACUCAAAGUGCAACUAAAACGACCAAAGAGUGAUAGCAAGCCGUACUAGUGAACUCCAUGAUCCACUGGCGUGGCGUGAUGUGACGUCUUUCCCAUGUUCCCGUCGUGUGAUUCAUGUCUCCUAUCAAAACAGUGAUAUAUGCCUGUCAGUCUGACAUGUUUGCUGUUGUAUGUCACUUGGUCAGCGCUACAAUCGGCUGAUGUCGCGACAUGUUCAUUGUGUUCCUCGUUUUGGGGCUACCGUUGUGCUGAUCUCUUUAGUCCACGCACACACGGGACAGCAGUGUUUCUCUUUUUUGGGUGUUUUAAAUUUUUUUAAUCGUUUGGUACACGUGUUCAUUGUAAUGAACAUUCGUUGAAUUCAGAUUCGACAUCCAGUUUUAAGUUGUCUGGUUGGAGAGAUUGCUAUGUAUGUCUUGCACUGGAUAUUUUUUUUUUUUUUUUUUUUUUCCCCUGAUAGUAAGGUUUUUUUAGUUUUAUUAUUAUUAUUAUUAUUUGUUUUGUUUUUUUAAGUGUUUCGUUAGAAUUGUUUUUUAAAUAAUGUUUUUAUGUUGUGAUUUUAAUCAGGUUUGUCAAUGGUUGUGUAAUAAUCCGUGAUGAUAGGUUUUAUUAUUUUGUAUACAUUUCUUUUCUGUUUAAGUUUUGAGGGAGGUUAAGAAUUUUUUUUUUAAUGAAUAAUGACCUUUUUUGUGAGCUUAAAUCUUGUAGCCUUUCCUUUUUUUUUAAUAAUCCCUCAAAAGGGGUGAAACAGACACUGGGGGUAUAUUUUGAUUAUUUAUUUAUUUUUAUUUUUUUCUUAAAAACUGGAUGACAAUCUCAAUUCUUUUCACAUUCAUUUUGAAAUACUUUUGAGGUCAACAUGUUCAAGAAAAUGUUUAUUGCUGCUUGUUUUAAAUACAAAUUGUGUUCAAAUCAAAUCUCGCUGCAUUCAUGUACUAUUUAUUUUUAAAGUGUCUUAUGAGAAAGAAAAUCUGGUUGUGAAUUUUUAUGGAUCUUAAAAUAUGAUUUAUACUUGCUCGUUAUACCAAAUAUUACUUGUUUGUCUUUGCUGGCCACACAUUUCAUUGUACUGUUAGCCCGUUAAUUGGCCAUUUUGGCUCACUAAUGUAGCAUGUAGUAAUAUGUACAUGUUGAUAUGAGUUUGUAUAUUUAGCAAUAUAUCUAGUAACAAGGCGAACCUCAAGCAAGUAUUCAACAGGUAAGUAAUGGUUGUAAUUGUCAUAAGAAAGCAGCUGUUUUAUUGAACAAAGCAUACUUUUAAUAUAGAAUGGCAUCGAUUCAUUUGAAACUGAACUGUUCAGCUUCAACAAAAACUUUUUAAUUCAAAUGCAGGUUAAUAUGUGCAUUUACAACAUUUCUAGGUUAAUAAAAGGAAUUUUGUAAAUAUAUCAAAGAAGAUAACGAAGAAAUGAUUACUAUCUUGAGGCCAAUUGCCUUGGCUAAAUCGGUAAAUGCUGUUAAAUUAAUGAAUGUAAAAUUACGUAAGGCUUUUAUCAACUGCUGUAUAUACCAUAUGAAGAGAGAGAUAAUAUAAGAGACAUAUCUUUUUUCAGCUGUUAGGCGUUUGUGUUUUGAAUGCAGGGGAUUUGAUUUGUUAGGGUGUCUUGUAUAGACACGGUGUUUUGUGUAUAGUCAGGAAUCCGAGUGGUGUUUGUCUUGAUGGUGGACAGCAGACUGCAGCUGAUGUAUAAAAUUUCGCCUAUAUUCUACUUGGGCUAGCCCUGUACACGCCCCUCUGUAACAAUAGACCGAUCGGUAUCGGGUCACGGUAUAGCAUAGCAUUUGUAAAAAGUCGACAAUCAAAAUGGCGGUUGACUUGAUGUAAAAUGACUGAUUCGAAAACAUGAUCACAAAAAAAUAUGUACAAAUGUCUCAACAGGCUAUUGGCUUUAUUUUAAUAAUCAUCAGAGUAGUUAAAAUUAUUGAAAAUUACAGAUUCGUUAUUUAGUGUACAGUAAAUAGUUGUACUUAAGUGGCGGACAUAUUCUAUAACCGUACCCUGUACACUUAAGGUAAAUAGGUAAGCACAUCUGAACUAUUCAUGGUGUAUUAGUGCUGGAUAGUCGAAAGUCGUUAAAUCUACAUUGUCAACCAAUGUUAGUUAAUCCAAAUCAUUAGGUAAUACAGAGUAUCAUAGUGUCAGCACUGGGUGAAUGGUGGAUACUCUAGUAACUAGAUGUUUUUUGUCAACCUAUGUAUAGGAGCACUAAUUUGAAAAGUCUAUGUAAUGGUGUUAAUGGUCGAUCUAAAUCAUUAAUGCGGAGUACUUCAGUGUCAACACUGGGUGAAUGCUGGAUACUCAUAGUAACAAGUUCUACAUUGUCAUCCUAUGCAUAAGUAGAGGCUCUAGUUUGAAAGUCUGUGGUUAAUGGUGUUACUAGUUAAUCUCCAAUAUCAUUAGUUGAUGCCAAGUAUCAUGGUGUCAAUACCGGAAAAAUAUGUGAAUCAUUAAGCUGUUGAGAUAGUAGUGUUGACACUGGAUUGUACUUGACAAUUUAAAUGACAAUUGACGUACUCAAUAAAUGUGCAAAACACUAAGCUGUUGAGACUGUCCUUGUCGUCAGUUGACAGAGUUAAGCUGUCUGUAGUGUAGCUAUAUACAGUUCAGCCAAACACACAACCCAUUUAAUAUUGAAGAUGUGGACUGUGGAGCUAUUGUCCCAGUGGUUAUGUGACCACUGAAAGUUGAUGGAGGUUGAUAAUUAAACUAUCCAUAUAUAACCCAGUGGGAAAUGAUGUUGGAGGUUAACAGUUAAUACUUAGUAGAAGUUUAAUGAAGCCUUUAGCCAAGUAACAAGUGAUUACUGGAAGGCUGAAGUUGACAGUUCAAAAGUGAAGAUUGAUAAGGCUAUCCACAUAGUCCAAUAGUAAAUGAUCUGUAAUGAUUAGAAUUGGUUUAAAAAGCAAUUUGAGGUUAAUAAUAAUAAAAUGUCUACAUUUAGCCCAGUGGUAAGUAAUCAGAAGUCAGGUUGACAGUUUAAAACAUUGGGAGAGGUUGAUGAUUAAGUUUUCUACAUACCAGUCUAUAGUUUCAAUGUCUGCCAUGAACAAAACAAUGUACACACUGGCCCAUGGAUUUAAGGAAAAUUUUACAUUAUGCUGCCAAGUCUUGCUGUCAUCUGUCAAUACUAGACAACUCGGCACAGCUGAGAUAUUAAGUUGUAGCUACUUUGUAUUCUAGUUAACUGUAUUCAAGUGACCCAAUGCCAUUCUGGAGUAUUCAGAUUUGUGACGGUUGUAUUCGUUUUUUAAUUAUUUGUUUACAUUUGAAUACCAAAGCAAUGAUUGUUUCUAGUUCACGUUCAUUAUUAUUAUUAUUGUGUCCAACAUGUGGUGGUUUUUUUGUUUGUUGAAACUUUCAUUUUAUUUUUUACCUCAUUAACGAGGGAAUUGCACAUUUAGCUGGCUUUUGUCUCAUGUACAUAACUCUGGGCAGGAGAAUUAUCAAACAAAGAUAUACUAUAGUCUUGUAAUAUUUAUUAAUUGGAGAUCAUUGUAUUACGUUGUGUAUUCAGAUCGGUCACCUGUAGUAUUAGAUAGCAUAGCCAAGAGGUUAUUUUUCAUCAUUUUCAUCAGCAUUCUGCACUGCAUCCCAUUCAAUUCUUUCAUACACUAAUAUUGAGAUGUAAAUGUAUGAACUGGAUAUUAACUUUUGCUGAUGAUUGGGUAAAAAUUUUGACUAAGUUCUGGGUACUUUUUUAUUCAUAGCAAUAAACGCAUUCAAAUGUGUUGUCCACAAGCCAUGAAAUAUUUGUUAAUUUAUUAGGUCAUAGUUUAAAGUCAGUUUAGUUUGUUUUUUAUGUUGGCCAAUUGUGGUGCUCCAUAAAAGAUGAUCAUAGAAUUGAAAAUGAAGUUAUCAAAACCAUCCUAUGUAAAAGUCACCACAGAUUGAGUUAACAUGAUAUUAUUAUUAUUCAUUGCUGGACUGUUUCUAGCUAAAAAAAAUUGAAAAUAAGAAACAAAAUAAGAAAAAAGAGACAGAAAGAAAAUUUUAAAACAGCAAAACAGACUAGAACAACACAAUAAGUGUCAAAAAUAAAUGAAAUCCAAAUGUUAACACGGCUGAUUUUAGUCUGCUAAACAUAUUUCUGUUGCAAUCGUUGUACCGGUACUCUGACAAAGUAAUAUUAUAUCUGUCUCAUUCCUUACUGAAUUUGUUUUAGCAGAAUCGCACUUGCGCCCCCCCCCCCCCCCCCCCCCCCCCCCCCCCCGACAUUUUAGGUAAAGAAAACCACUUGUGUCUUUUUAGCAAAAAAAUUACGCAUAAAGUUUCACAUUUGUCUUUUUGUAAUUGUAAAUGUUUACUUAGACUUGCCUUAAAUUUUGAACAUAAUAUUUUUUAUGGUGGAUUGAGAAGACUGCAGUAUUGGGGGGGGGGGGGGGUGGGGGGGUGACUGGGAGGGGCCUCUGCCACUUUUAGUCUAAGAUUUUUGUUUUUUUAGAAAUAUAAUCCCUUGGCUAUGCUUAUUAACCAAUUAUCCCUAGAUAUCCUUUCACUGACAUGUAUUAAUACAUUUUAAAAGAAGAGUCAGAUGUAAAAAUUUGUGUUAUAUCAGAAAGUUUGCACUAGUCUGAUGUACAUGUAGGUAGUUAAAAAAUUGCAUACAAACUGCACGUUUUAACCAAGUUAGACAUGUGAUUAAAAAAUCGUGUUUAAACCAAAAGUGAUACGUUUUGUUUUUUGUUUGAGCAGAGUUAAAAAUAUGUUAAUUGUUUGCCGUGUUUUCUGUUUUUAUUAGUUUUUUUUAUAUGAAAAGUUGUUUUAUAGAGUUUCUUGUUAUAAAGUGUGAAAAUCAAAAUUAAUCUCAUUUUAAUGUUGUGAAGUUUAUUCCCUUGUGAAAGUUUGUUUAUAAAAUGUAUACAGGCACUGAGUGAGUAGGUAUAUUGCUGAAUAGAAUGGUGGUGUGUUGUGUUUUCAAAUAGUGUAUCCCCCAUGUGAGAAAUUCACAACUAUUUACGUAUUUUCUGCCGGUGCUGUCACUUUUUACCUUACUAAAUGGUUCAGCUUCCAGUUAGUAGUCCACAAGAGAAAAAUAUAUAGCAUAACAUAAUUUCUUAUUUUUCCGUUAUAUGGAAAAGAGAUGGUCUCUUUCUUUUUUUUUUCUCCCCCCCCCCCCCCCCCCCCAAAUAUUUAAUGUUUUAAUCAAAAUUAAUGUUUGUUUCAAUGUUCGAUAAGUGCUGAAAUAGUAAAUUGUAUCAAUGCAUAUUUUAAAAGAAUUAAGCAUGUGUUUGUAAUAAUUAUUUAUAACAGGUGUUUGAAUGCAUGUAUUUAAAUUGUAAUGUUUUGGACGUGAGAUUUGCAAACAAAACUAUUUUGUCAUGUCAUUCAGUUGUAUAAUGAUAAUUCAACUCGGCAUUAUACAUGUUCUAUUUGCAUUUGUUUGCCAUGAGUCUUUAUCUUUGUUUUAAUUGGUAUGACACUACUUAGUGGAACAUACUGAUCAUUUACGUAAAAUAAUAAAUUGAAAUUAAAUUUUAUAUUCGUCGAAUUAGGUAUCAGCAGGCAGCUUUUUGUUUCAUCAUGUGGUCCUAGAUUUGGGGUUUUGUUUUAUCCUGCAAUAGUAGAAAUUGAGAUUCAUAUUUACAUAUUUUUUGUACAUGUAUUUCAAUUCCAUGUCGGUGUUGACUGCAUAGUAAUUUGUUGACAUUAUUUUAACUCACAAAGCAUGCAUUUUCGAUUUUUUACAUCACAUGUUACAAUAUAAUAAGAUUCAUUCAGCCACAUGGAAUACCUUUCUGUGAAAUAUUUCCACCUUUGUGGGUAGGUUGUGUUUCAGUUUACAGUUGCUUCCCAGUUUGUGUUCAGUAGAAAGUAACUUGAAUCAAAUACAAUUACGUUUCUAAUGUUGAAUCAAAACUUUGCGUGUGACAAUCAAACUCAAGUGUCUCUGUGUGUGUUUUUGUUUGGUUAAAUGUAGGUCAGCUGUUUGGAAUCUAGUCAUUGGUCAGCAUUGGUGGAUCUACAGUUCAACCGGUCUUUUACAAGUUAACAUCACUUAAUUGUGUCAUUGCAUUUUAAGAAGGUGUGGGUGCUAAUGUUUCACACAUAUGUAUUUAUAUACCGGUACAUAUGAAGGGUUCAAAGAAAAUAAUCUCUGAUGUCACACAUCUGUUAUCUUGAGAGAAUUGAAUUUUAAAGUUUACAACUCUGCAAUCGUGGAAUAUUUAUACCUAAACUAGCAUGAUUUACCAACAACUCUUAAUGGCCUUAAUGUUUUUAACUUUGCUUCAUUGUGAUCUUGACAUACACGACUUUUCUAAUACCGACUGUUAGGACAUUACAGGUUAUUCCCUUGGACCUUCAUAUGAUAUCCCGUUAGAUUCUAGGUGUAUAACACUGAAAUACUUGGUAAGUUUUUUUGUUUUGUUAUUAAAUUUUAUUUCGGGGGUGGGGAGGGAUCUUCGUUUUUUUGUUUUUUUUCAUGAAAUAAUUUUCACAAAACAAGACUGAACUUGAUAAGAAAAUACGAGUGUGUGUUUAAUGUAUAACCAGAACGUAAGGAAAAAAGUGACAGCAACUGUUGUUCAACUCAGGACUCCAUGUUCUCUGUGAAUGUCGUCCAAAAGUAAUCUGUUCUCCGCUUCAAAAGCAAAACCAAAUCUUAUUGUACAAAGUCGAUGCCAUGGUGUACCCAUGUGCACCCAUGUUUAAAAACGGCUGUUAAACAGUAUUUUUUUUCAAACUGUCCACUGGUCGGUUUCUUUCCUUUUUUGUUUUGUUUUAGUUACCAAUUUUAAUGUUUUAAAACUAAAAUUUAACUCAGGAUAAUUUUGUAAUUACAAGUUAUGGACAUGGCUUGUGUUUGUAUUGUGAAGUAUCAUAGAUUUAAAGCAUUGUUUAAUUUUAUUUAUUUUAUUUGGUAAGGAUUUCUUUUUUAGUUACUUGUCAAAGAUAUGACAUAAUCUUUGGAAUUAUAGCAUGAAUCAGUAUUUGUUUUAAUCAAAAUAAGCUGAUGGCAUGUAUUUGUUACGUUAUUCAUCUAUGUAUGUGAAACUAGUAUAUCUGUGAAACUUGUUGCAUGAAAACAAAAUCAAAAUGCUUCUUGUUUAUAUAUUGAUAAAAAGUAGAAAUGUUUUAGAUAUAGUUCAUUAUAAAAUCGUGAUUAGCUCAAAUUCAUUACAGGUUUCAUCGUAAGAAGACUGUUCAUGUAAUACAUAAGACUGUUAGAUUAUGUGUUGUGUCCAAUACCAAUGCUGUUCUGCUUGGAAGCACUCCCUAUGUCUCAUUGUAACAAGUCUCAUUCUUGCCUUGAACUUACAGAGUGCAUUUAUCAUGUAUUAAUUUGUGCAUCUAGUCAAAGAGCCAAAAAAGAAAUAGAAAAAAGAGAGAGAAAGAGAGGGAAAGGAAAAAAGAGAAAAAUUAAUAAUAAAAGGAAUGCCAUGUCCAUAGCCCCUCAUUAGUAUGUUAAUUUUACAGUUAGCCAAGUUUAUCAACUUACGUAAUAAGUGAUGACAGAGAAUUUUAUUUUGUUACCAAAACAGGAGUUUGUAGAUAUUGUCUGGAUUCUAAUCUGGGCUUGUUUUUAACUAUUUUAGUUUUGAUGUGACUCCCCAUCUUUCCACUACAGUGGUUAUGUCUUGUAUUAGGUGGCAUUGUGACGUGGUUUGUACAGAAUUUAAAAACAAAAAAAGGUAUUAUUAAAAUUUAUUGAUAUAAAA